AUGGUGUGGAUCUGUCAAGAGAUUGGGAAUCCAAUCAAGAUUGAUAAUGCUACUGCAAACUGUGAAGUAGGUUAUUAUGUAAAUGUCUUGGUGGAAAUUGAUUUUGCAAAACAUGUUCCAAGUAAAGUAUGGAUUGGAACUAAAUAUGGAGGAUUCUUUCAGGAUGUUUUAAUCCCAGACUGUCCAAAAUUCUGCUCUUAUUGUAAAAUCGUUGGGCAUUUUAACUCUGAAUGUAAAUUUGAGAAACAAAAAAAGAAUAAAGCUAAGAAUGAAGAUCAAGUUCAUCCAAUUAUAGAGAAAGGAAAGUAUACUCCAAAAGUUAAGUCUACUCAUGUUCCAUUUGAUAUUUGUGAUACUUCAUCAACAAUUGAUUCAAUAGUUGAUACUAUUCAAGAAACAGUAAAAGUUACAAAAGCAGGUGAAGGAAAUUGUGUACAACAAAAUAAGUUUAGUCAAUUGGAGAUUGUUGAAAAUGUUGAAAUGCCAGAAGCAAUAAUUAUGGAAGUUCCUAAGGUCUUGGAAGUUGUUCAAGAAGAAAUAUUAAAUAAUAAUAUGGUCAAAUUUGUGGAUGGUACAAAUGGAACAGUUGUUGAUAUGCCAGUGUGA